UGGCAGUUUAGCCUCCUUAAAGUGGACGGUGUCAGUCAGUGUAACACUCAGGAAGGCUUCAUUAGCCGUCGAUGGAAGGCAAAAGGCUGUGACUCACGCCUGCGUGGAGAGGAGACCAAACGGCAAUCGGAGCCCGAGUCUAACUUAUGGGUCUGCUUUCUCUGGAGGAGACAACCUGUGAGCUGGAAUAGAAAAACAACAGCUGGCUUGAAAGAUGGCCACAUCCGAACCGAGAGCCACCGACGGGGAUCAGGACCCGAACUCUGCCAAUUUAAGACCUGCGUCCACAACCAAUGAAUAUGCGUGGAUGCACGGCUGCACACGGAAGCUGGGGAUGAAGAUCUGUGGGUUCCUACAGAAGAAUAACAAUAUGGAGGAGAAGGGCAGGAUGACCGGAGAGAAGAACCUGCUGUCCUGCAACAACCGUGACAGGGACGCGCACUUCACGCACGCCGAGACCGAUUUCUCCAACCUGUUCGCCAGUGACCUGCUGCCCGCCAAAAACGGAGAGGAGCCCACCAUCCAGUUUCUGCUGGAGGUGGUGGACAUCCUCACGAACUACGUGAAGAAGACUUUCGACCGCUCCACCAAGGUGCUGGACUUUCACCACCCUCACCAGCUGCUGGAAGGCAUGGAGGGCUUCAACCUGGAGCUGUCGGACCAGCCCGAGUCCCUGGAGCAGAUCCUGGUGGACUGCAGGGACACGCUUAAGUAUGGCGUGAGAACAGGUCAUCCUCGCUUUUUCAAUCAGCUGUCCUCCGGUCUGGACAUCAUUGGUUUGGCUGGAGAGUGGCUCACCUCUACUGCUAACACCAACAUGUUUACCUAUGAGAUUGCGCCGGUCUUUGUGUUGAUGGAGCAGCUGACUCUGAAGAAGAUGAGAGAGAUGAUUGGUUGGCCCGGAGGAGAAGGAGAUGGACUGUUUUCACCAGGGGGUGCUAUUUCCAACAUGUACAGCGUGAUGAUUGCCCGGUACAAGUAUUACCCGGAAGUGAAGACCAAAGGCAUGUCUGUUGCUCCACGGCUCGUCCUCUUCACAUCUGAGCAUAGUCACUACUCGAUUAAGAAGGCAGGAGCUGCUCUCGGAUUUGGGACUGAGAACGUGAUCCUGCUGAGCACAGAUGAGAGGGGGAGGGUCAUUCCUGCAGAUCUGGAGGCCAAAAUCAUUGAUGCUAAACAGAAGGGUUACAUGCCGUUGUUUGUCAAUGCCACCGCUGGUUCCACUGUGUACGGAGCAUUUGACCCCAUCAAUGAAAUCGCUGACAUCUGCGAGAAGUACAACCUUUGGCUGCACGUAGACGGAGCGUGGGGUGGUGGACUCUUGAUGUCGAGAAAACAUCGUCAUAAACUCAGUGGCGUCGAGAGGGCCAACUCCGUCACAUGGAAUCCACACAAAAUGAUGGGCGUUCCUCUGCAGUGUUCUGCCAUCCUGGUCAGAGAAAAGGGAAUCCUGGCGGGCUGCAACUCCAUGUGUGCCGGCUACCUGUUCCAACCAGACAAACAGUACGACGUCACGUACGACACCGGCGACAAGGCCAUUCAGUGUGGACGACAUGUGGACAUCUUUAAGUUCUGGCUGAUGUGGAAGGCCAAGGGCACCAUUGGUUUUGAGCAGCACAUUGACAAAUGCCUGGACCUGUCGCUGUAUCUGUACAACAAGAUCAAGAACAGGGAAGGAUAUAAGAUGGUGUUCGAUGGAGUGCCUCAGCACACCAAUGUUUGUUUCUGGUUCUUACCACCCAGUCUGAGAGGAAUGCCAGAGAGUGAAGAGAAAAGAGAAAAACUACAUAAGGUGGCACCAAAAAUCAAGGCCAUGAUGAUGGAAUCAGGGACCACCAUGGUGGGCUACCAGCCCCAGGGCAACAAAGUGAACUUCUUCCGUAUGGUUGUCUCCAACCCUGCGGUCACACUGUCUGACAUCGACUUCCUCAUUGAUGAGAUUGAGAGGUUGGGUCAUGACCUGUAGGUGUCAGCUUUUCACUGCCAGUUUAAAAAAAAAAAAAAAACAAUAAGCCAAUAAGACGCACUCUAUAAAAAUAAAUACAGGAUCUGAUAUCAAAAGAAAGAGGAGCUCCGGUGGUUUCGAAACGGACGGUGAUAAUAUGAUUCUUAAGGAAAAUAAGGCUACCUAACGUUCCACUAGCGUUCAGAAAACUACCAUCUCCCGUACUAAAAGUUGUUUGUAUAUCUAGCCCGCCGUCAUCCUCGAUCUGUUUGUGCUCGUGCCGUGUGUGUUGAACUAAUCUUAAUAUUUUACAAGUAUAACCACAGUGAUACUUUUCGUACUUUGAUUCCGAAUCACUUUUUAACCAUUGCAAUCAAUGUAAAUCCAGUUAUCCAUCCUCGGCCUAGAAACUUUUUUUUUUUUUUUUUUUUUAACAUUUUAUCGCUUUAUGUGUGGAAAUAAUACAGAAUAAAAUAAAACAGUAAUUAUAGUAGAAAGUAGUUCACACAAAAAAAAAAAAAAAGUACCGUGAUUUCCGGAUUAUAUAUCGCACUUUUUUUUCAUCCUUUGGCUGGGUUUGCUACUUAUACUCAGGUGUGACUUAUUGUUCUAUUAAAAUAUACAAUUUCACAUGUUCGUUAUUUUCGCACACUGACAGCCGCUAGAGGGCACUCUAGGCUUGUGUACCGGUACCUGCUACUCCUGCAUCACUGAAAAUGUACAUGUUACAUGUUAUUUUCACACUGAUAGCUGCUAGAGGGCGCUCUAGCUGGCUGGUGCGACUUAUCGUCCGGAAAAUACUUUCGUCAACAUUCGUCAAUGAAGGACAGUGUUGGAGUUACGCCAACCGCCUGGGCGUCUCGUGCAGUUUCUUGUGCGUCGGGCGUCUCUAUCGGUGACAAAAUCAGUUGCGAUCGGUCGGAUUUUCGCAGCAACCUCCAUUUCUUAUAUACAGUCUUAGGGUACAAGAAUAGUCUCUAAUCAGAAUCAGUGAUUCCACCACUAAUGAUCUUGUAGUUUAAAUAUACUGACAUGACAGGGAAUCGCUAAUGUAAGACGUAUUCAGUUUACAUAAAAAAAAAUUUAAGAAAAUAUAUAUAAAUUUUUAAAAGUAGCUCGGAAACCAAAAAAAAUUCUGUUUGAAGAGGGGAAAGAAAUUAUAGGUAAAAAAAAAAAAAUAUUACAAUAUCUUCAAUCAUUCCGUGGUGUCAUUCAUUUGUCGGACACAAGUGGUGAUUUUAGCUGUCGUGUACGUAGUGUGUACAUAGAUUUAUGAUAUAUAAAUAUAUAUAUAUAUAUAUAGUUUUAAUGUUAGUGCAAUGACCUUCAUGUUUACCAAGUGUGGACCUAAAUCAUAUUAAGAAAAAUACAAAUAGUACGAGUACAAAUACAGUAGGUACUGAAAUCUAUACAGAUAGAGUAAAUAUGAUUUUGAAAUGUAUUUUAAAAAUGUACAGUAAAACGUGGCCAAUUUGAAUCGUAAUCAACCGUCCCGACAUUCAAGCGAUGGAUCCGUAACCAUAUCAAAUCGGAAAAGCUCUGAUUUCAGUUGGAGUUUUCUGGCGUGAGAUGACACUUCAUUAUAAAGUAGUACGAGAACAAACGCGGUAUGCGUUGUGCAUUUGGCGAUGUUUCAGGCAGAUUCAGGUAUUUUUUCGUAAGUGUAUCUUUUAAUCGUAUUACGUGGUAAUACAUUUGUAAAUGUCAAUCACAGAGAGUCAAGACUAUUCCUCGGGGGUAUUCCGUCAGCCAAAGAAAGAGAAUGGGAAAACAGAUCGAUCCAUUGUCCUUUCGUAUAGACUACUUAAAGUAUAGCUAUUUGUGAACGAUUAUUGCGAUUUUUUUUUUUUUUUUUGUGAUAGUUGGUCUGUUUUUGGUCUGAAUGUUUUGAGAUGAAUGACUGGCCUCCUAAUGAGAUUAAUAGUUAAGUCUAUAUAUAUAUAUAUAUAUAUAUAGCUAUAAAUGUUCCUAACGUUAACAAGCACAAAGAAAGUGAGAAUGUACCCAAAAAGGAUUGAUGUUGUUUUCCAAAUCCUUUUGUUUGUAUUGUAGUAUAUUUGUUGUUAUAAAUAUGUAUUCUCGUAUUCUCGGUGUGACAGGAGCUCAGCGUCUCUGUCUUUGCACAAUGUGCCACCUUUCUUUCUUCCAUUGUAAAUGGAUGUGUAUAUGAUAAGAUGUUGUGUUUAACAAAUAUUUAUGGUAAAUAGGGACCAUAUAUAUAAAUAUAUAUAUAUAUAUAUAUAUAUUGAAGUAUAUGUUAAUGGCACAAUUUCGUAAAUAAUACUUAGGGUGAUUCUGUGUACUGUCUGUGACCAGUGACUUCUGAACAUGACCAAUCUCUGCUGUAGGGCGUUGAGUAUAAGCACUUUAAUAGAAUCGCGAAGAUGUUAAAAAGAAGAAGAAAAAAAAGACAUCAAUAAAAUCUAUUAAAGAGGAAAAA